GAGCAACAUAUGCGGCAACUAAAACAACUUUAUUUGCUUUUCACUUUGAAAUUGAUUCAUUCAUUCAUUCAAAAUCUAAAAACCAGUUUCAACUUCAAUCAAACUAACCAUGAUGGCUUCUUCAAGAGCACCGAAAUUAGGUUCCUUUCGUCACAGUUUCGCUGAGAAAAAAGGGAAACUAUUAUCCAUGAAAGCCGGUACUGGAGGUGGUUAUUCUCAAAUUGGGAUUCCUUUACCGGAGUCCGAUGAAGAUUACUUCGCCGUGCCGGGAAAUUCCAAACGCCGCUGCUGUUCGUUCCGUGGUUUCUCCGAUGGGAUCGUCGAAUUGUGGAAAAAUGUGAAGCGCGUGACUGUCAGCGCGUGGGAAAUGGGUCGUUCUGAUCCAAGGAAGAUUAUAUUUUCGGCUAAAAUGGGUGUUGCUCUUAUUCUGAUUUCUUUGUUGAUUUUUCUUAAACAACCGUUUCAAGAUGUUGGUCGCUACUCUGUUUGGGCCAUUCUUACUGUUGUUGUCGUCUUCGAGUUCAGCAUUGGAGCAACUCUUAGCAAAGGGCUUAACAGAGGAUUAGGGACUUUAUCAGCUGGAGGACUUGCUUUGGCAAUGGGAAUGCUAUCAAAAUUGGCAGGAGAAUGGGAAGAAAUUGUAAUAAUGGUUACAAUCUUCAUUAUAGGAUUCUGUGCCACAUAUGCUAAACUAUACCCUACCAUGAAGGCUUAUGAAUACGGUUUCCGCGUGUUCUUGAUCACCUAUUGCUACAUUAUCGUAUCCGGAUAUCGAACAGGCGAAUUUUUUCAUACAGCUACAAAUCGAUUUUUGCUCAUUGCCCUUGGUGCUGCUGUAUCCGUUGGUGUAAAUGUGUGCAUAUAUCCGAUCUGGGCCGGUGAGGAUCUGCAUAAUCUUGUUGCAAAAAAUUUCACGGGCGUUGCAACAUCAUUAGAAGGUGUAGUAAAUAACUACCUUAACUGUAUCGAAUACGAGAGGGUGCCUUCGAAAAUUCUUACAUAUCAAGCAUCUGACGAUGUAGUUUACAGUGGCUAUAGAUCAGCUGUUGAAUCUACAAGCACAGAGGAUGCAUUGAUGAGUUUUGCUGUGUGGGAACCGCCUCAUGGUCGUUACAGAAUGCUUAGAUAUCCAUGGAAAAAUUAUGUUAAAGUAAGUGGAGCACUUAGGCAUUGUGCAUUUAUGGUCAUGGCUAUGCAUGGAUGUAUACUUUCUGAAAUACAGGCUCCAGCUGAGAAGAGGCAAGUUUUUCGCAACGAGCUCAAGAAGGUAGGUUCCGAAGCGGCUAAAGUUCUACGCGAACUAGGUGACAAAGUUAAAAAGAUGGAGAAACUAGGCGAAGAGGACAUUCUAUUCGAAGUACACGAGGCAGCAGAAGAAUUACAACAAAGGAUCGAUAAAAAAUCUUUCCUUCUUGUAAAUGCAGACCUGUGGGAAAUCGGUAACAGGCCAAGAAACGAAAACGAUUCACAAGACCUCUUGAACAUGGACGAAGAAAGCCAUUUCUUGGAGUACAAGUCACUAAGUGAAGCUGUACUUGAUUUAAGAUCAGUUAGAGUUCCAAAAAGUUGGGAAGAAACCGUUGCAGCCGACAUCAUUAACCCAGCGAAUGUUACCGAUGAAAAAUAUUUUCGGAAACAGACAUCUUGGCCGGCACAUAUUUCAUUUCAAGCAGAUGCAAUUAUGACAAAACAGGAAGAAUCAAAAACAUAUGAAAGUGCUAGUUCAUUAACUUUGGCUACAUUUACAUCACUUUUGAUUGAAUUUGUGGCAAGGCUACAGAACCUUGUGGAUUCUUUUGAAGAAUUAGGUGAGAAAGCAAAGUUUAAGGACCCUCUUGAACAACAAGAAACUGUAACAUCUGGUUGGACUAGGUUGUUUAAUUGUUUCAAAUUUAAGGAUUAACAAUUUGACAUAUACACUUUCACUUUGUAACAUGUAUCAUGGAAAUAUCUAACUGUUCUUGUCCGAAAAUCAAAAUAUGCAUUGUUACUGUUUCUUUAGAACAUUUGAAUA